AUGAAAAGUGACGGUAGAUGGCAAGCUCUCGAAUCGAAUCCGGAAACUAUCAACCCGGUAACAGCCAAGAAAUUUUCUCAGAAACAGCAUACAUUCUUCUUCAGUUUCUGACUAAGAUUGGCGUUCGUGGAGUUGAAUGCGUCGACGUCUACUCGUUCGACGAAGAAAUGCUUCAAUUCGUGCCGCAGCCACAGCUUGCCCUCAUUCUGUGCUUCCCGAGCUCGGAGGCUCGCGAUUUCCUCUCGAAACAAUACGAGGAGGUUGAGAAGAAUGGAACGAAGCCGGAGGGAGUGUUCUUCAUGAACCAGUCGGAUUCGAUCGGAAAUGCGUGUGGAACGUUCGCUCUGUUUCACUCGCUGGCCAAUCUGGAAGGCCGUGUGGACCUGGGCAAGGGAAAGUUUUUCAAAUGGUUCGAGAAGGCCAAGUUGGUGAAGGAAGAGGAGCGGUCGGACCUGCUCUCUGAUGGUACGCACACUUCUGACGUAACUCCAAUAAAAUUUUGAUUUUUUUGAUGUCGAUCUGGCGGAGGCUCACGACGAGACUGCCGAGGAAGGAGAGACGGAGAACUCGGACCAGGUCGACUACCACUUCAUCACUUACGUCAACAAGAACGGACAGCUCUACGAAAUCGGUAAACGAAAAAUAGUCGCAAGUUGGAUGAUCAUCGUUCAACUUCAGACUCGUGCGCCCCGUUCCCGCGUCCACUCGGAGCCACCACGGACUCCUCGCUCGUCAAGGACGCGUCGGUCGCCAUCAAGAAGUUGAUGAACAACGUGCAGAACUUGAACUUCUCGGCUAUGGCGCUCAUCGGCAAGUAG